CAUAAAGGUGGAGGUGUAUGCGCAAUUGUUAAACAAAAUAUUCCAUGCGAUCUAGUAUUCACUGAAUCAAAAAACAAAUCUUUCGAAAUCCUAGCUAUUGAUCUACAUGUCAACGUUAUGCCGCUUAGGCUUAUAAACAUAUACCGGCCACCGUCCGCAACUUAUAACGACACUAUUGUCCUGCUGAAUAAACUAGCUGACUUAACCGACCAUCCGGGUCAAUUAAUUAUAAUAGGAGACUUUAAUAUUACCGGCAUUACAUGGAACCCACGCGCUCCCUGCUCUAACACUAGAUUGGGAACACUUUUGCUCGAUUUCUGCAGGUCGCAUGACCUGGUCCAACACGUCAAUGUCCCAACAAGGUCACAUAACACCUUAGAUUUGAUAUUCAGUAAUUGCAAGCUCAGCGCAAUUAGUGCUAAAGGUCCACUUGGUAAAAGCGAUCACCAACAGCUACGUUUUUCUCUGGACAUACUUACUGAACCGCGACGGGAAUACAAAGAGCAAUAUGAUUUCAAAAGCAUUGACAUGUUUGCUUGCGCAAGUUACAUUGAAAAUAUAAGCUGGCUAGAGUUAUUUUCACCUACGAACUCAAUAGAUACGAUGUAUGUUUCAAAUAUUCUUGGAACAUAUGAGCAACGCGUUUGAAAUUUCAGUGCCUAUAAAAUUAAUUCAAAAAGGUGAACCUUCACCCCCACCAUAUUUAACCUUCCUCAAAGAAUUUGUUGAUAAAUUAUACACCACAACUGCGAAAACACGCAACAUGGAAGCAUUUCUUUUUUAUGUAUACACUUCUAGAAAAUAUAGGAAAAAGCUUUUAAAAUACCAAAGAAACCUCGAAUUAAAAGCGCUCAAAUCCAGAGGGAACGCUAAGUUCACCCAUGAUGUAAAGAAUCUCAUCAAACCUAAACAGAUAAUUAUACCUAGUUUAACAACGGAAUCGGGAGUUUUAGUCAGUGCAGACCAAGAAAAAGCGGAACUGCUUGCAAAUAGCUUUAAAAAACAGUAUAUCAAUAAAACUACUAAGCCAUUGUGUGUUCCAUCAAAUUACCAAUCCAAUCAACCUAUUCCCUGGAUAACGGAUCAUGAAAUGUUAAAAAUGAUAAUGAAAUCUAAAAGCUCAUGUUCAGAAACAUCAGAUGGAGUGCCUUUUAAAUUUCUCAAAAUAAUAGCGCCCCUAAUUAGUAGUCCGUUAGCGCAACUAUGCAAUUUGACUAUGAUGCAUGGCAAUUUGCCGAACUGCUGGAAAGAAUCAAUAAUCAUUCCAUUGAACAAAGUUGCCAAACCUAAAGUCCCAACAGAUUUUAGACCUAUAAGCCUGACCUCUCACAUAUGCCGCAUUUAUGAAAGAUGUAUUCUAACAAAAAUUCUUCCAUUUCUAGAAGAAAAUGAGUUUUGGAACAAAGCGCAACAUGGUUUUCGGCCAAAAAAAUCUACCAUCACUUGUAUGCUAGAAGCAGUAAACGAUUGGACAGAUGCACUUGACGAAAAACACCAAGUAGAUAUCAUCUAUCUUGAUUUUGCUAAGGCGUUUGAUAGGGUUCCUCAUUGCCAACUGAUUGAUAAGCUUCUUGAUCUCAAACUUAAUAAAAACCUAGUUUGCUGGCUAAUUUCAUUCUUAAGUAAUCGAAAAUUUUGCGUAAAGGUUGGAAAAACUUACUCAACCUCAAAUACUGCAGAAUGCGGAGUCCCACAAGGGGCCGUAUUAUCACCUUUACUAUUUGGUAUUUUCGUUAAUAAUAUUCCGGACAUACUUCCCGCGAAUGUUUACUGUAAACAAUUUGCAGAUGACCUCAAGCUUUAUACCAAAAUCUCCAAAAGUUCACUAACUAGUCCACUUCAGGAAGCUAUAAACGUUAUUGUUAACUGGUCUAAAUCCUCAAAACUAGCCCUAAACAAUACAAAAACCGUUUGUAUAAGCUUAGGUAGUAAUGCAAAAGACUUUGACUACAGAAUCGAAGGAGAUCCGAUAAGAAGAAAUAAUGUAAUCCGCGAUUUAGGUUUCUUAAUAAAUAAUAAAUUGACUUUUACUGAACAUUGGGAAAAAGCAGUAAAUCACGCAAAGUAUUUAAUAUAUGUAAUCUUUAAUCACUACAGCAGCGACAACUCUAGGCUCCAAACGUUACUGUACAAAACGUUCGUCCGUCCAGUGCUAGAAUAUGGUACUGUAGUCAGUGCCCCAUUGAAAAAACAAACUGUGAAAGCAAUAGAAUCCGCACAAAAUCUUUUCACGAGAAAACUCUAUUGUAGACAAAAAGGUAAAUAUGUCAAAAUAAAUGACCCGGACUACUUGACAUCUAUUCGCCGAAAUGAGCUAUUUGGCCUAGCAUCGUUAGAAUCUCGACGCAAGGCAAUUGAUAGGAAGUUUGUUUCCAAGCUUCUGGCGCAUAAAGUUGACAUGGACAUCAAAAAUUUCUUUCAAAUAAGUGAAUCUAACAAAACGCGAACCAAAACUAAGUUCAUCUGGAAAAAUGCAGAACUACAAUAA